AUGUCAGACGAAUACACAAAGAUAAAUGUGAACAUUGGUGGCUGCAAAAAUUGCCUGUCCUCUCUUCAUCACUUACUUGAAAAGUAUGCUGAUAUAAAGGAAUAUACAAUUAGUUCUGAGAAGAAUCUCAUAUCAAUACACCCAGUUCAUGUAAAACGGGUGACCAGUCUUUUAAAAUUUGUUGGAUUGGAUAUGAAAGAUGUCGAUAAUCAUUUAUCCGUUUACAGUAAGGACAGUAAAACUGAGUCAAACGAUGACAUCUACUUCUUACCGGAGUUAGAUGAUGACUCACAGAUCACUUCUAUGACAUCUAAACGCAAACGGCUUGAUAGUCAUCAUCCUACUAUGAAACAAAACGACCACUGCAUUAUUGCGUCCGAAUUAGUAGCAAUACUUCCUCAUGAAGUUGAAUGUUGUCGACCACAUUUAGUACCAGGUUGGUGUGUUGCAGUUUACUCAGGACAUCAUCUUAGUAAAAUAAAUCAGUAUUUACAGUCAUCUGUUCCACUCCCUGGGGAACUCAGUCAUAUUAAACGAAUAGACAGUUGCCGAUCAUAUGAAAAUAAAUCAACUUAUGUCUUUUUGCAGAUAGCCAAACCAAGCUAUACAUGGCUAGAUGCCAAUGAAACUUUAGAUUCUAUGGUCCAAUUACUUCAAUUAAAUUCAUUCGAUCACCAAAUUAUUAGCACAUCCCCAACACCCUGCUGGAUACCACUUCGUGCUCCAAUAACUCGUAAGCAUCAGCUCCUUUACUCAUUUUCAAAUGAAUCACAAGAGAAGAGAUUUUCAUCGUUCAGAAAUUCACUUAAUAAACCAAUUAUUUUAGGUUGGCCAUCCACUUUACGGGCCUGUCCCGAACUCGAGGAACUAGUGAACGUUGGACGGACCUUGUCGUUGUCAUGUUUUUCAGAAUUAGAGCUAAAAAAACAUUCAUUAUGGCUCGAACGUGUUUCCACCUUGUCGAAACAAGCACAAGAACUAAAAAAUAUACAUCCACAAUCAUGUGCAGGCGUUGGUGGUCCGGCUUGUGCAGUUAUCAUAGUCGAUCCAGAAUCGAAUAUUGCAUUAACAGAAUCAACUACACCUACGACAACAUCAGAUAUAUCUUGGUUAGAUCAUGCAGCAUUACUUGCUGUGUCAGCUGUUGCUAAAUUAAAAAGGAAUACAGGAAAUCAGUACUCUGAUUCUUACUUGUGUACAGGUUUCGAUGCAUACUUUUCACUUGAACCAUGUCUAAUGUGUGGUAUGGCUCUGCUUCAUAAUCGCAUUCGGCGAGUUUUUUGCUGCCAAAAGCUUGCGGGCGACGGUGCAUUUACCAAUGCAAGUCGUCUUCACGUUCAGGAACAAUUAAAUCAUCGUUUCCGAGUAUUUAGUCCGCCAUAG